UGACGCUGUGUCCCGGAGAGCUCGCGCACUUCAGUCUGCUCUGCCCCGUUACCGAGUUUAAUCCUUACAGCUCAAUGAAGCGCACGUCUUCCUCUGAACCCUGACCUCUCUAACGGCGCUCAAUGCAGCUCCGCGACCGGAACCGAUAAUGGACACCGGCGACAACAAGGAUGUGAAGUUGUCGGCUGAAGUCGAGCCGUUCAUUCCACAGAAGAAAGGUAUUGACUCCGCCCUGUUGAGCAUGAACCUAUCAGGAGAUGGGGCCGGAGCCAUGGGGGCGGAGCCAACCCCGAUCCCCUCCUACCUCAUCACCUGCUAUCCAUUUGUGCAGGAGAAUCAGCCCAACAGCAGGCAGUUGCCGGUGUAUAACGGAGAGGUGCGCUGGCAGCAGCAGUGUGGUUCUGCCCCGUAUGUGGCGUACUCCUUCGUCUCCUCGGCCCCUCAGCCUGCCGCCGUGUGUAACGAUUACUCUUACUGCCCCCUGCUGCCCCCUCCCUGCCCCCCGCUCAUGGGCUUCUACCAGCCCCUCACUGCCCCCUACGCCCCGGCCCUGCCCUCCGGACUGGGGAACCCCGUCUCUGACACCUGCCUCAGACCCCCACAGCCCCAGGGCCAGCCAAUCAGCAUGGGUGCUCAGAGAGGGAGGGGCGGGGCCAGAGCACCUGUACUACCCAAGCAGGUGGCUCAGCCAAUCAGAGUGAAGCGCCCAGUGAUGCGCAGCGUGGCGGUGCAGAAGGAGGUGGCGGCCGCAGGGCCUGAUGGGAAAUCACGCACCGUACUGCUGGUGGACGCCGCGCAGCAAACCGACUUCCCCGGAGAGCCGUGCAGCAGCAGCAGGUGUGUGUCAGACAGGGUCAGUCCGCUGCAGUUCAGAGGGAAGGUCAGACGCAGACGCUCGUCUCAGACGGCCGAGUCGUCCAGCGAGCACGGAACCAGCGAGGCAGACAUCGACAGUGACAGCGGCUACUGUAGCCCCAAACACACACUGGGUGUUGAAGCUGGAGUCAUGACUGCAGUCAGUUGGGUGAACCCUUCCCCUGCGCCCCCUCAGAAGCCCUGGACAGACCGCAGCUCGUCCUUCCACAGGAACAAGAUGGUGGAGCAGAGGGGUUACUCUCAGGAGUUCCAGGUGGGCUUUAAUGGCCGUGCUGCAGGUGGAAGUGUUGGGGGUCAGAGGAGACUGCAGCAGGGUGGAGCACAGCAUGAACACACACCUGAACUCCUCUAUUUCCAGGAUGAGGAGGAGUUUCCAGACCUGGCCACAGGGGGCGCUGUGCAGCGCAGCAAACCUGAACAAGUACAGCUCAAACUGCCUAAACCACUGCUGGAUAAUCUUCCAGAGAACUCCCCCAUCCACAUUGUUCAGACUCCCAUUCCCAUCACCACCUCAGUCCCCAAAAGAGCCAAGAGUCAGAGGAAGAAGGCUCUGGCAGCGGCUCUGGCUACGGCACAGGAGUACUGCGAGAUCAGCAUGGAGCAGAGGAAACUGCAGGAGGCUCUGACUAAGGCAGCAGGAAAGAAGAGCAGAACUCCAGUACAGCUGGAUCUAGGGGACAUGCUCGCUGCACUGGAGAAACAACAACAGGCCAUGAAGGCACGACAACUCAACAACACCAAGCCACUUUCCUACACAGUAGGUACGACGUCAGUGUUCCACAGUAAGGAUGCAGUCAGUAAAGGUGGGAUGAAAUCAUACACUCCUCCCCACAACAUGCUCGACUCCACAGCACCCAAAAUUAAGAGGGGUAAAGAGAGAGAAGUGCCCAAAGUCAAGAGACCUACUGCCCUCAAGAAGGUCAUCCUGAAGGAGCGUGAGGUGAAGGCUAAACUGUGUGUGAAGGAGCAGCCGGAUGAUGAGCUUCACUUCACUGACACACUCACACAGGACGCAGUCUCACAAGACGAGAACGGUCUGAGCAUGCCCAGUGAUGCCUCGCUGUCUCCAGCCAGUCAGAAUUCUCCGUACAGCAUCACUCCGGUGUCUCAGGGUUCUCCAGCCAGCUCAGGCAUCGGCAGUCCCAUGGCCUCGUCCACCAUCACCAAGAUACACAGCAGGAGGUUCAGAGAGUACUGUAACCAGGUUCUGAAUAAGGAGAUCGAUGAGAGUGUUACUCUGUUGCUGCAGGAGCUAGUGCGUUUCCAGGAGCGUGUGUAUCAGAAGGAGCCCACUAAAGCUAAAUCUAAGCGCCGCCUGGUCAUGGGUUUGCGCGAGGUCACUAAGCACAUGAAGCUUAACAAGAUACGCUGUGUGAUCAUCUCACCCAACUGUGAGAAGAUCCAGGCCAAGGGUGGUCUGGAUGAGGCUCUGUAUAACGUGAUCGCGAUGGCCCGUGAGCAGGAGAUCCCUUUUGUUUUCGCUCUGGGGCGCAAAGCUCUCGGCCGCUGCGUUAAUAAACUCGUCCCUGUCAGCGUGGUCGGGAUCUUUAACUACUCUGGAGCAGAGGCUCUGUUUAACCGGCUGGUGUCUCUGACGGAGGAGGCGCGCAGGGCGUAUAAGGAGAUGGUGUGUGCUCUGGAGCAGGAGCAGGCUGAGGAAGCUCUGAAGAACGUCAAGAAGGUUCCACACCACAUGGGCCACUCGCGCAAUCCAUCAGCCGCCUCGGCCAUCUCCUUCUGCAGCGUCAUCUCAGAACCCAUCUCUGAGGUCAACGAGAAGGAAUAUGAGACCAACUGGAGGACGAUGGUGGAGAACUCUGAUGCUCUAGAACCUCUGGAGAACGAGUUUAACAGAACAAGCGCGAAUAAAGAGACCGAGGGAAGCACAGACGCACCGGCCGCCUCCCAAAUCACAACCUUGUCUUGUAAGGAGGAAGGACGCGUGGAGGACGGCCUGGAGCGAGCGUCCGAGCAGAGCACGGAGACAGGGUCUCUGGACGGGAGCUGCAGGGGUCCGACCACCUCGUACUCGUCCAUCACCAGCACCAGCAGCGUCACGCUGGUCCCCGGGGCGCUGGGCGAGGACGAGGAGGAGGACGAGGACGAAGAGGACGAGGAGGAGGACGAGUACACGCCCGAGCCCAUCCUGGUGGAGGUGCCUCCUCUGAGCAGCAUGAUCGAGACCUGGGUGAGCACCACGCUGGAGAACCUGCAGCUCUCCGGGAAACCACACGGCGAGGAGGAGGAGGAGGAGGAGCAGGCGGAGGGGCAGGAGGGGGAGGAGGAGAUCAGAGGAGUGAGCGAUGAAGAGGAGGAGGAGGAGCUUGGGGCGUCUGUGGAGGACAAGCAGAACGAGAAAAACUGAAUCUCCCUCACACACACACACACACACACACACACACACACAGUCUUUACGCUAUAUCACUUACAACAACAAUCUCAGGAAAUUGACGGGGACAGACCACACACACUUCCUGUAGUUAUGCAGCUACACACACACACACACACACACACACACACAGAGCUCCGUCCAUACUUGAAUGAAGUAUACACUCCUUAGUCCAUGCUGUGUGUGUAUGUGUGAGAGAGAGAUGAUGAUGAUGGUGAUGGUUAUUAUUCUGGACAUCUAAACUCACUACACACACACACACACACUUCCUGUUUGCUAAUACAUUAGGGGAAUUGCUAACAGCUUUUUUUUUCUCUCCUUUAUUUAUUCUUUGAUAACAUGACCAGAAUCAACACCACACACACACACACACACACACACACACAUCUAUUGUUAUCAUUAUGGAAAAUAAUGGAAAUCAUGAAAAGUAAUUGUGAUGUAUUUAAAACGCUGGUCUCUGAUUGGUCGCUCAGCGGGACUCUCUCGUUAUUUAAUAUCCCGACUCUUUCGUGAUCGUUUCUGUUCUGUCUCCGUGCGUUAGUUCACGCCCAAGUGUGUGUGUGUGCGUGGUAGUAACCCGAACAAGCAAAUCCACCUGUAAAUAGUGUGUAAAGGUUGUUUCUAAUAAACCGUAUGUUAUUGUUAUUUAUCGGAUUUAGAUAACGAUGGAACGAACCGACCGUCUCUCGUGGCAGUUUUAAGCCCUGUGUUUUUCUGCUCGCUCUGGACGUGUGCCGAUUAAUCGCGAUAAUCUACAUCACCGCGUUACACCCCUGGCUUGGUAACCUGUGCUAGUCAGCUAGUUCUGCGUUGUGCUAAAUCUCAUCGUCCAGUCACAAAUCAGCUCAUCUCUUCGCCAUAGAUUAGCGCUAAGCCUAAAGCAUGCAAUCAUUUUUAUUAUUAACUUUGUUAGUAAUAAGCUAAAGCAGUGUUAGCUUCAGUUAGACAUCAGAUUAACUUCAGCUAAGGAAAGAAGGUGUUUGCUAACUGCAUGUAACCAUGGCAACGAGAGUCAUCCCAUCUGUCCUCAGUUUAAUUUCAGCUAGCUAGGCAGCGUACGUUUUGAAGCACUCAUGCUAACAGUAAGCACCGUGUUUCUUGGUUAAUGUAGUGUACUGUAUCGUGUGUGUGUAUGUGUGAGAGAUGAUCGGCACAUGACUAGCGUGAUGGUUUCUGCUCUGUACAGGUCACCCGCGUGUGUUUUAGCUUUAGAUUUAAUUUCUUCGUUCCUCCGUACUCCAGUUAAAGUAAGUGUUAUAGUGGGCGUUGAUCAGUAAACAAGUUUCCGGCAAAUAAUUAAGUACAUAAAUAAAUAUCUACGAUCCGGUCCGAGAGUCUGAGUGCACGACCAGGAACUGUGGAUCUUCUGUCCUGUGGUGAAACGCGUCGUUAGAGUCGUCAUGUGUCAUACGCCUGUUUCUUUAACGUGAUUCACUUCAAUUUAAACGUUUACAUUCGAAUCCAGUUUGAUCAAAAGGCGUUUUCUGAAGUGAUUCACUUGCAAUGAUUCGUAAUAAACGACUCCCCUAGUCAUGUAGUUCAAGCUGAAAAUGACUCUUUUACUGAUUCACUUAGAUUUCUAAACAACUCUUUUCUGAUUCAUGUACAUUUUUAAACGACUCUUUUUCAUACAAUUGCACAACUAAAUGACUCGCACUGAUUUACUUCAUUUUUACAUCACAUUUGGAAGCGCCACACACACACACACACACACACACACACACACUCACUCACUCACUCUUGUUCUCAGCCGCCUCAUCAGUAAGGACUCUUCAGGUGAUCCACUCAUUUAUAAACGACUCCCUGUGUGUUCUGAACGGAUGCAGAAGCGCGUCACUGAGGGAACACUGGGGAACGGUUCCUGGCGGAGACUCAGACUUCAGGGCCUGAACCAGAUGAAGGAAUCGUGCAUUUUUAGGCUUUUGUGUGGAAAAAGCACACUGCUGAGGACAGUCACACUGUGUGUGUGUGUGUGUGUGUGUGUUUCAUCUUUAGUUGUUCCUUACCCCUUUUUUUCUUCAAGCUCCUUAUGAUUUUUUUUUCUCUUCCCUGUCCCUCUUUCUCCCUCCUCCACACACACACACACCCCAACUGUAUAUAUGUGUGUAUGUUGGUCAGCGCAGUGUGAUUGGUCCUCACGUGUGUGUUUGUGUAUAUACUCCGUGUCAUUUGCACUAUGUAAAUAUGUCAGACUGACUGUGACUGUGGUGUUCAUGUGGAACGGUAAUAUGAAGGAUUUCUGUUGUGCUGCUUGUGUUUCUUGCAGGAGCUUUUCUAAAUCACACACACACACACACACACUUUUCAAUGUGCUCUUUAUGACAUCUUGACCAAUUAACAAAAUUAAACUCUUGUAAUGAAAACGAACCUCUGUGAAGCCUGUACACUUUUCAUCACACCCUUUUUCUGUUCUUGUGGGAUAACACCUGACACACACACACACGAGUCCUGGGUUACAUUAAUUAUGUAUAAAAUGUAUUAUAAUGCUGGUCCAGUACACCUCUUAUCAUUUCACUGGUUUGGUAAAAUGAUUAUCUCUUAUAACAUCUUAAAGCAGAGCGAAUAAUUUUGG